GACCGGUUUUGAUGACCUAGUCUGAUUACAGCAUCUUUGACAGCUUUAAAGGAAUUUGCCCUGGGGAAGAAGACAGCUGCUGCCCUGAUGAGGGAUUUUUCUGAGCAGGCCUCCCAAGCCAGACAUGUCAGUGUGAGAUGCUGCCUACAUUUUUCAUCGUGACCAACAGGCUGUUAAACUACAAUCAAAAGCACUUAGUACGAAUGGAACUGUCCCUGUCAUGAGAUUUGAACUCCUGACAUCUUUAUCCACUGAAACUUGAGUGCCCAGGACACAGCAGAGAGGGGAUUUUGGAAGCAUUUCACAAGGCCUGCAGCUGUGAGCUGGUUUCAGCAUGAGGAAAAACCCUCCAUCACCCCAAUGCAUAGGAAACAGAAGACAGAUGACAGCAGCUAUCCUCCUUCCAUACUGAGGAAAAGGCCACCUGUGGAGCAAGCUGUGGGGGAAAAGCGGAGAGCAGAGAGAAGGGUUCGAUUUCGUGAGCCAGAAGAAGUCAUUGAACAUGUAAUUUCCUGCUGUGACUACAUAGUGGCAGAUGACAGGACAUCAUCUGGAUUGCCUGUGUUCCUGUGGCUCUUGUUUUGUGCAGUGCUGAUCCUUGCUGUGAGUCUCUACUAUACCAGCAUGAAGCAAGAUGUCACAGUCCUGGAGGAAUUUCAAUCCCGACUUGUCAUCUUCUUUCUUCAUAUAAGACACGUUGCUCAGAGGUGCUGGACUUGGUUUCUGAGGCAGUAGCAGUGGCCUCCAGCCUGACACUGCUAAGAAACAUCAGUACAAAGCUCCCAGCCUACUGCAGCCACAUGCAAGGAACCUCAUCUUUGAGCAACCUUUGAGCAUCCACCUCAAAGAGCAAGAAAAUCACCCCUGCUGUGCACCAUCCAGCAAACACUUGUUUUCCUUUUCCCUUCUUUGUUGUUUUCCUUUGUUUCACAUCAAUGAACAUUCAUACUAACGCCUUGAAGUCCCACCAAACUCAUGCUGCAUCACCCUAAACAGCAAACAAGUAUGUAGAUUUGAUUACCCAGAAUUUAUAAGCUGCUGACAUGAGGAGCAAAAGCAGAGAGGGAAAUGCAUUGAUCUGUGCAGGCAGCAACAAACUUGGAAGAAAAGUCUUGUGAGUCUCGGCUCAAGGCUUUAGAUACCAAACCAUCUUUCUCCUCAAGUCUCCUAAGAAUUAUUCUGCAAAGGCUAAAAUAAAGCUGAGCUAUUGCACAGACACUGCUCUGGUGGCCAAAUGCUCGGCAAGCUGCUAUAUUUAUACACCUGAAAUGAUUACUAGUAAAAUCCCAGCAAAUGGCUUUUUUGUUUCCUUUCACGCAUUUCUUUCAUCCAUGGGCAAAAGCUGGUUCUUAAUGCUUCUCUUGACUCCCAAGUGUGGAAAAGAACAUGGAAACUCAUUUAAACAGAAAAUAGUUUAUUUGCCUAACAUAAUAAAUAGCGUCAUUGAAACCCAGGUUAAUCAUCAAAACAGCAGUUUAAUCACCUGGGUUUGAUUCAGUCCAUAAACCCCACAGGCUGACAUGCAAGAUUUAUGAUAGUGCUUGUAUUCAGACAGAGGCUAUGCCUGAGUAUUCCAGGCCUUAUAUCAUGAUAAUAUGGACUGCUUAUGAAGGUGUUGGAUGCAUAGUUCCUUUAUCAUUAUCCCACCAUACUAUGCAUUUCUCUGAAAGGAAUCCUUUUAACAGAGAUCAUCUGAAACGAUGCUCUGGGUUUCUGAGAGGAGAACAAAUGACUGCAAGUUCAUGAGCUUCAAAGAACCAGCACAACCAGGUUUUUAGAUAUUAGAAUCUGCUCAGCUAGCACCUGAUGUGUGCUUGGGACUAUUUUGUAUGGUAAGAUUGACAUCAGAACCUGUAAGUAAAAGAAAAGGGGAAAAAAAAGAGGGGGAAAAAACACUGCAGAGAAGAUGAAGAGAUGUCUGCAAGACCUUGGUUUAUAUUUCCCCUGUCAUUGCAACCAUCAAAAAGAAAAAAUGGUGCUUUAUUUCUAGCUAUUUUUUUUUUAAAGAAGGCCAUACAUCUGCCCCAGCAACCUUCUCCCAAGCAGCUCAAGAACUUUAACCAGGAGAGGAUAAAUAGGAACAUAACGUGAAAUCUUCUCUCAGGAGAAGAGGAGGCAGCAGCUUGAUUGAGAACAACUUAGAAAAAUUGCAGCCCAAGACAGAGAGAAGUGCCUUCAGUGGCUCCUCUCCUGCCUCUCCUAAGCUGUGAAAGCCACAGGCGGGCACUGGACACGAGCUGACCAGGGAAGCAGAGGGUGCAGCAGGAGCAGGGUUUGGCUCAGGGGGCUGUGUGCAGAUCACUCAGGCACCCCAGCUCAGAGGGUGAGUCCCACCACUGCUUCCCUCCCUUCUCCCCUGUCUCAGCCCUGCUGUUUAGGUAAUAAAGAAGAAAGGUUUGAAACCUGUGUGCUGGUGAAUCUCUGGGGAAAAGGUUUAGACUGGUACCUGCAUG